CCCAGUGCGUGGAGAAAUAAUUGAGUGCAGUGAAAGCCGAGCAUUCAUUCAAAGACCUUGACUGGCGCUACUGAAGCCUGGAGGCUCAGUAGUGAUUCAGCAGCAGCGGAGCAGCGCUUAGGAGACAGUGGUGGUGAGAAGGAAGGAAUAAAGGGAAAAAAGAGAAAAGGAAAUUUCAAAAGAAGGAGGUGAACAACGUGAGCCGCGCGCCGAUUUGGAGCCGCGUUUUCAUCGCUUAACAACACGGAGUGAAAGGGGAUUUAAAGAAAAGAGAGAGAGAAGCUGGUGAAAACUUCUCCCAUCGCGGCCAAAACCUUCUGAUUUUACUUAAAAAACAAUUAAACUCCGGGAAAUUCGGUUUGCAGCGGAUUUUGACGGAUGCGCACCGGAGCUAUCCAGGGGUGUAGCCGCGGUUCCCGUCGUGCGUCUUUGCGCUGUUAGAGGUGGUGUGUGACUGAGUGUGUGUGAGAGAGGAGGAUACAGAUAGAGGUGGAGGAUCAGCCGGAGUGGCCGACCAGCCAGAAGGAUGCUGGAGGGCAAUGCCUGCAGAAAGAGAGGAUGAGAUUUGUCGAAAGGCGCUGGAACUGCUCUCGGACCUUUGCUCCAAGGGAGAGGUGCAGGACGACAACUGCCUGGAUUUCAUUUACUACUUCAGGGAUCUGGCCAGACCCCGUUACACGGACUCAGAUGUAUCGGUGAGCCUGUUGUCUCUGCUGGUGACCACCUGUGGUCUGGCUCUCUUCAGCGUCUCCCUCUUUGUCUCAUGGAAGCUGUGCUGGGUGCCACUAAGUGGUCGUUUCCUCCCAGAUGUCCUCAAGGGGGCACACUUCUUGGGAGGAGACCAACAACCUGUCCUCACAGAGGUGGACGGGGAGGAAAGGGAAUACAGUGAAGAUGGCUGUGUGAAGGAGCCUUCGGGGCCCCCUUCGGGUGUGCCUGUCCCGGAGUCGGCCUUGAAGAUAAGCCACACAUCACCUGACAUCCCACUGGAGACGCAAACUAAGGUGGAGAAAAACCAUGCUCACACUCUGGCCAGGGACAGGGUUCAGAGACAGAUUACUGAACCUACCUCUUCUGUACGGCACAACUCCUUCCGUCGUCAAAUGAACUUAUCCAAUCCCGACUUCAACCCUGCUCAGUUCCAGCGCCAGGAGUCUUUGUCUGGUUUGGGUCGGAUCAAACCAGAACUUUACAAGCAGCGCUCAAUAGAUGCAGAAGAUGGCCAUAGAACCUCUAACUGUGGGCGCCUUCACUUUAUCCUUAAGUUUGACUUUGACCUGGAGCAGCUGAUCGUGAAGAUCCACAAGGCCCAGGACCUUCCUGCCAAGGACUUCUCAGGGACCUCUGAUCCUUACGUCAAAAUCUACCUGCUGCCCGACCGCAAAACCAAGCACCAGACCAAGGUGCACCGGAAGACACUCAACCCGGUUUUUGAUGAAGUGUUCCUCUUUCCUGUGGCGUACGCAGAUCUGUCGAAUCGUAAGCUACACUUCAGUAUUUACGACUUUGACAGGUUCUCUCGCCAUGAUUUGAUUGGCCAAGUGGUGGUGGACAACUUCUUGGAUCUUUCCGACUUUCCCCGGGAGACAAAACUGUGCCGGAACAUACAAUAUGUAACCUCGGACAAUGUGGACCUUGGAGAGCUGAUGUUCUCACUGUGCUAUCUCCCAACGGCUGGCAGGCUUACCAUCACAAUUAUCAAAGCCAGAAACCUCAAAGCCAUGGACAUCACUGGAGCCUCAGAUCCAUAUGUGAAAGUGUCUCUGAUGUGUGAUGGUCGAAGGCUAAAGAAGAGAAAGACAUCGACUAAGCGUAACACUCUGAAUCCAGUGUACAAUGAGGCCAUUGUGUUUGAUGUUCCUCCUGAGAGCAUUGACCAGAUCAGCCUGCUAAUAGCUGUCAUGGACUAUGAUCGGGUUGGGCAUAAUGAAGUGAUCGGGGUAUGCAGGGUAGGCAGUGAGGCCGAGAGCCUUGGGCGAGACCACUGGAAUGAGAUGCUGACGUACCCACGGAAGCCAAUCGCACACUGGCACCCGCUCAUAGAGUGGGUCGGACAAGGAGCGACGGUGAGUGGAAGCCAAGGAGGAUCCACCAAUUCCCUGAAGACACCACCAUCACCAUAACCACACACACACACACACACACACGCACCAGUAUACUCACACCAACACACACAGACACACACAGAUAUAGAGCCUCAGGGUGGUAGAACAACGGGCCAACAGACAGUCCUACUUGAUGUUAAAACAUACAGUACAAAGUGUGGCUAAGAAGUGGCUGCAGCAGUGGGCUAACAUCAGCUAUAAGCCAAUACUCAAACUGUGUGUCAUUAGAUUGAACUAGGUGUUAGUGUGAUAAGGCUGGAGCAAAGUCUGAUUCCAACUUCCUCUUGUGUCUUCACAACCAAAUAAACACUUAACUACAUUCCAACUAAACUAGUACAGUACUUAUUGAGCUGUUACUGACAGUAUUAACAGAUUAUCUAACAGAUUAAUCUUAUGCCUCUUUUUUGUUUAUAGGAAAAUUGCAGUUUGUGGACCAAAAUAUUAUAUUUUUAGGUGAAUAUGCACAGCUUUGACUGUUGAUUUGUGCAAGUGAUCAGCUAUCGUAGGCAACAUAUUUGCUCAAUAGUAGGAUUUAGAAAGGCGAGUUGCAGAAUUAGAAAGCAUCACUGUUCAGAUCAACACAUUUCAGCUCUUUUAAAAGUUUUAUUUGUUGUGUUGAAGAUUCAUUCUCAUCAUGCGUUUGGUUAUAUCUUGUGUUGCCUUUAUCAGUGGCAGCCGGAGCAGACAUGAACAGAGGAGAUUCAAAUGCAAACCUUAGUUUUACUUCACUGGGCAAAGACGAUUUCCUGUUAAGAAGUAAAAUUGAAGAGGAUUUGAUUUGAUCCAAGACUUUGUAAAAUGUCAGAAUGAACAUUUUUAGUGCAUGUUAAAUUGGCAUCCUUUUUUUAACAGGGUGUGGUCAUAAUAAAGGAAACAUAAAUUGUCAUCGGUGGAAAAAGAGCAGUCCACUCAUCUCAUCUAAGGCAAAUGAAUUAUGAUUGUCUUUAGACAUCAUCCUGAUAACCAGACAUAAGUGUCAUCAUUACUUACUAAUGUUAUUUGGCUUUACAAGAAUUUACAAUUACAAUUUCAGCACAAACAUUAAUAACAUGAAAUAAAAGUUUUACAUUAAACUGUAUGACUUAUGGUUGACACUGUACUGUACAGUACGGUGUCUCGUCUGUCAUGGUUACUUUUGGAAAAUGUUUUACACUUUUGCAGAUAAAUGCUGAUUGAAGGUUUUGACUGUUUUUAAAGCUGUUGCACUGGAAACAGCUGUGCGCUUCUGCUGGAAACAAGACUGAUGAGCCAUGAAAACAAAACAUAAACAGGAAUCUGUGGACUGUAAGAUCUAAAGAAGUUCCGCAGAGCAAAAGGGGGUUGUAAACUUCAGUUGUUAUUUUCAGUAGCUAAGGCAGCGGUCCCCAACUCCAGGCCUCGAGGGCCGGUGUCCUGCAAGGUGAAUGGAAAGGGUCUUUUACAGGAGGCAUUACUGCCAACAUGAGCUCAGUUUGCUUCAACAUGCUGAAUUUAGGCGAUCUAAAUACCCUGAAUAAACAGCUGGCUUGUUGUAGUUUGUCUGAUUAUGUGACUGCUCAUGUUUUUCUGUCCCCUGUAGUGAUGUCACCAUGUUCCCAGAUGCUACAAAAAAUAUAACCCAUGUUGUAACAAAUCAGUUAUCCUUAGGGACUACACAAUGACUGCAGAUGUUAUUGUGCAACCCCUUUGGGACUCCUUUGUGCCUUUUUAAUGUGCUUUGCCAUUUUGCCAUUCAGUGUUCCAAUUUAGAGAGGUGCUUAGAAGACCAUAAAGGUGGUAACUCUUAAUAAUUUGCAAGAAAUGAGGAGCUUUUGCAAUGAAAGGGGACCUAUAAAUUUUGUUUGUUUGUUUUCUGUUAUAUACAGAAUAUACAAUAGGAGGUGUUUAUAAUAAAGAUGGCCAACAUUUAAAAUAGUAAUCCCUGUGUGCCAAAAGAUGUAUCUGUUCUUAGAUCUGUAUGAUGUCAGACAGAGGGGAUCUCCAUAAUGUGGUCAUUUUAGCACACAGCUCUGACAGUUCAAGUCAUUCCUUAUGAGGGGCAGCCAAUCAGAAGAAAUCUGGCUGAAAGGGAGGAGCUAAAAAGGUUUGUUUCAGACAAUGCAUGAAUUGAGAUGGUUUUAAAACUUUGAUUCAUGCAAAGCUACUUUAGUAAAGUCUGAUAAAAUAAAACAAAGCUGGAAAUGAGCAUUACAGGUCCCAUUUAAGUUAAUUGAAUGAUUCCACAGUGAAGCUGCCCUGCCCCACUGUUAUGACACUCAAUGUCGCUUUUCUUUAACUGGAACCAUACUCUGUGAUAGUAAUUUAAUAAGCCAGUGUUUGUUUGUUUUCUAACUAAAAUCUGUUUAAAUUCAGAUUAAUACCAGUAUUGUUUAUGGCUCGGUAUUGGACACUGUCACGAAUAACAGUUUCCUCUGUGUUUGUAGGUACCAUGCAUGCAUCAUUUUUUUCAUGAGUCAUUUUUAAUAAAUAUCUUUUUUUUUUGUGAGAUACUAAUCAUAUUGUAAACACAAGAUGUAUUAUGAACCUAAGGCAGAGUGUGUACAUUGUCC